AAUGUGUAGCAACAUGAUGAGAACGAUGGAUAAAAGAAGAAAGAAGAUGAUGGAUUUAGAACAAUUUCAUCACUACCUGACGAUGAGCUAGAUUGAUAUCCCACAUAAGCUGAAUACAGCCAACCCAAUGCCAGGGCGCUCUGACUCGCCAAAGAUAAGGGGACGCCUCAAUAGUAAGUGUGAGACAGAAAGUGUGACUUCUGACAUCUUGGAAGAACAGAAAGAUGGUGAUAUGGGCUUGGAUGCAUCAGAACCUCCAGAACAAAGCCGUCCUAGCACGCCAGAAGUCCAGGUGUGUGAGGAAAAUAAAGAGGACUUGCAGAAAGACUCACAGCAAGAUAGUGAAGAAGCAGAGAGGAAUGAGGAGGAGGAGGAGGAGGAACAAGAGGAACAGGGGGAAGAAGUAGACACAUUAGCUCCCAGGGUGAAAAUUGGUGCAAAUAGACAGAUCAUUCUAGAUGAGACGAGCCUGAAGAUCCGAACGACAGCUGCCAAGAAUAGGGAUGAGAUACUAAGCAAAGCAGAGGUUGUGGAAGAAAGCAACGACUCCAGCCACUAUGGGAAGUGGAACAAGAAGAGGAAGCGGUCCUCCCUUUGA